CCGUCCUUUCACAUGACCGGGUUCGCCUGUGUCAGUCCUGCAUUCCUCCCUGCAGUAGACGUUGUUCUCUUCAAGCAAAACCUCAAAUUACUGCCGUGGCCGGAAUAAAAUUGACAUUAAAAAAAGUAAUUAGAAUCGGUCGCGUCACAUUUUUAACAGGGGACUUCAAGGACAGUUUGCCGCGAGCUGCGACAAAGUCGCCGUUUUGUGUUUUGGUGCCGGACUCUUGAAGAGCCCUGAGAACUGAUGACAACAGAAGACAUAAUUUUGGACCAUGGCGGAACUUAGUCCGUCUGACUCCAGAGGGUGUAAUUUUUUUUUCCUUUAUGAUGGCUCCAAGGUGAAGGGAGAGGGUGAUCCGACUAGCAAGGGGAUCUGCUACUUCUAUCCCGAAGAGACCCCCAUAGAUAAGCAGGAGCUACUUUGUGGGCAACUUGCCGGAGUAGUUCGUUGCAUUUCGGAGCUUUCGUCCUCCCCUGUGCGCCUUGUGAUGCUGCGUCGGCACAAGUUUGCAAUCCAGAUGAAAGAGGACUUUUUUUGGGCUCUGGGCUCCUCCAUGGAAACUCCCACCGUCAGUGUCUGUGAGCUACUAGAUAAGAUAAUAAACCUCUUUUGUUUCUACAAUGGCUCUGUAUGCCAGAGCUACCAGCUUCAGAGUCGGGAAACCUUGGCCUCUCGGUGGUCAAAGUACCUGUCACACCUGCUAGCCGGACCGUCAGAGCUUCAUCGUGUCUUCAGCUCCUUGACCACAAUUGACUCGACAAAUGUUGACCCUCUUCUGCUGCUCAAAGCUGCCCUCAUACUGCAGGCCUGCCAGCGAUGCCCCCUGGUGUUAGCAGGCUGUAUUCUUUUCAGAGGACGAGUGGUGAGCACACAGAUGCCCCCAGAUGUUACCAUUAAGGUUAUGCUUCAUGAGAGUGAAACCUACAAGGCGCAGUCGCCCAAAGACCUGAGCCCAUCAACCUUAUUCUGUGAUGUUGUCAGCUCCACGUCCGUGUUCCUCACCAUGUCUGAACUUCAGUCCCUGCAAUCUGUUCCUGUUGACAGAGAAUCGUGGUCUCAUUCUACUCCAAUUAAAGACUCUUCCAAACAUAAGAGCCUGACAAGGAUGCCAUCAGAUAGAAUCUCUUCUGAAUCUCUUUCUUCAGAUCCACCUUCCUUCCAAAAUGGAACCUUGAACCCUUGCUUGCCUGCAUUAGACAACUUCGUUUUUAGCACCGUUACAUCACAGAACACCACUGAUCUACUCCACCCCGGACCAAAUGUAGAAGAUGAGGAAGAAGUUCAGCAAAGUUCAAACUGUGAUAGUUUUCACAGCAGUGGAGGACAAAGAGGCAGCUCAGAGCGCAACACGAGCUCCCACCUUAACAGAGGGGCUGGGGGUGCAUGCUGUCGGGCACAAUGUGACUCUGGGGAGACAGAGCUUUGCAAUGAAUCACAUCAUCACAUAUUUGAAGGGCCCAUUCAUGGUGUCACGGGGAACAAGACUCCCCCCGUUCACCCGGAUGACACCACCCUGGUCCCCAUGACACUGUACCUUCACAGGGUCAAGGGCCUGGUGCUGGCCUUGCUGGUGGAACCUCACUUCUUAUGUGAUCAAGCCGCUAUGGAGGAAGUGUAUCACAGCUGCUUAGCGUCGCUGAACGGACUUGAAGCCCAUCUCAGAAGCAUCUCUCCAGGGGUGGCGGGCCCUGCGGGACCCUACGUCUUCGCCCACUUUGACUGCGCUCAGAGCACGCUCACAACCAACCUGUCUGGUCGAGCAGGAGGAGCCCCCGAGCGUCCUUUUGUCAGAGCCGCAUCACUUCUUCACUCGCAUUUCUGUAACACUGAAACUCUGCAGGAGGCUAUUAUCAGGAAUGCCAACACUGCUGUGUACGGCACCCGCUGUGUGGCCCACGAGACCUAUUUCCUGCAGCACGGUGUCGCGCUGAGGAACUCGGGCAUCCCCAACCACCAGGACAGCGCGUUCUCCCUGCCCAGCAAGGCUCGCCACAGACUGCUCAAGCAUGGCGUUAACCUGCUCUAAUGUGACAGAGCCACUACAGUUGAGAUCAGGGGCCCUAUUUUCGUGACUGGCGAAAAUCGCAACUGGGCGUCAGGGGCGGGUGGGACCAUUGUUGUUAAAUUCAUAGCCCAGUGGAACCCAGCAGAUUAGAUAGUGGACCUCCGUCGCUGCUUUUACAACUGACUUCAUUCCUUUUACAGUAAAUGUGAGCGGGUACCCUUAUUUAAUACAGAGUGAGUCGGUGAUAACCACUGGCGACUUCAAUAUGUCCGCUGACCUUGGUAUUUGCCUGCCUGUGCUCCAAUCACAUUCAUCCAAAACGUGUUUUAGAACAUGCAAUUGUAUUUGUAAAGACAAUUAAAUUAGUUGCAUGCAUUGAGAAAGUGUUUCGUUAAUCAAUUACAGUGGUUCCAUAAAUGUA